AUGUCGGCUAUCGUUAAUGAAAAAAAACUCCUUUCACACAUGAUAAAGGAGACUGUAGGAAAAACAACAUUGCGAAGAGUGGAAUUUGCCCACUCCUAUGCCAGAAUUUCAUCUUCCGGCUUGGUCCUAGUUUUGAAAGCCAUAUCACGAAUUUUUCGUAAGUUGCAUAAAUUGGAGUGUGAUCUCCUCGUGAAAGCAAGACUGGCAUUUUUAUUUCGUGGGCUUCUAAACUAUCAUUUGAAGAAACAGAUCAAGACAGCUGGAACCAUCAAAUUGAAAAAAGGUUAUCUUAUGGAGUUCCGUUCGAACGAUGGAUCAUUGAGACUUCGAUGCGAUCCGAACUCAAAUCCAUCUCGAUCGGUGACAAAAGAAGACGACAGUGGUAAUGGGGAUGAGGGAAAUGAUGAAGAAUUGGGUGAGAUGAAGGUUGAAACAGAUCAAGUCGAAGAUAGGCAGCCUGGUGCCGAAGAAGUUGAAGAAGCAAAACCGGAAGUGAAUAAUGGAGCUCAAUUGCCCCUCGAAAACAAUCUCUCUACACAUGUCAUCAUCAAAGAGGAAGGAGAUUCUGGACCAGUUACACCUGAUAAUAGCAGCCGUGUCCCCUCCGCGAUCAAAGCUGAAAGUGUCCCAUCCCCCGCGAGAGACCUCGAUUACAAAAUGGAGGAACCGCAGAAAGAGGCUGUAAGUGCUUCUAAGUUGGCAACUGGAAUCAAAAUGGUUGCAUACGCAUGUCGUCUUGAUGACGUUCACCAGAAAACGGAGAAAACUCUUGCAGAUCCAGGGAUUCAAGAGCAGGUUAUCAACUGGGAUUUGUCAAUUUUUGUUGAAGGUCUCGUUGGAAGAGUUCAACGAUCACAGCUCCCAGAUGGAUGCACUGAGACUGUUGUUAUGAAAGUUUUCUUGGGGAAAAUCGCGGACACAAUUUUGUAUUUGGUGGGUGCAGAAUCCAUGAGCCAAACAAUUCAAUUCAUCAACGAUGAAACUUCACGUAUUGAUUUUGAGAGAAAGAUCACACUGGAAACAGCUCGAAGCAGUCUCAUUUCUCUUCUGGAUCUGAUCAAUUGA